UGGGUGUUUUGAAUCACGCUUCGGAUCAGUGGUUUCGACACAUCUGCGCUUCGGGAUCUCGCAAAGCUUCGGAACGACUGUUUCGCGUCAGCCAUCCCUGGUGCUGAGUGGGUCAGACCUCUCGAAUAGGAGGGGCAGUUUAUGGUUGCUUAAUUAUUACCCGUCUUUACCCAGCUCAACGACUAAUUACGUUUUGCUUAAUUGUUAAUUUAAAGGAGCGGAAAGUGUCCGAAGGCGCCCACGGUAAAGCGGGAUUGGUUUGCAGAUUUGGCUCUUUAAUUUAAACGAGGACGAUGACAGAAAGUUUUCUAUUGCAUCUCUUUAUCCUGACUUUAAUAGCAAAGUUUAGUGAUGUUAGCGCCUCUCCGCGGAGCUCUGACCCCCGUAUACGCUACCCAUCCAGUCGGUCGCAGACAAGUGAACAUUACAAGCCCUCAAAACAAGCAAAAGAUUCACCCUGGAGACCUUAUACGCGUGUUAAAACUGUAGCCGUUUUUUGUCACGAGAAUAUCAUGGAGAUUAAAAUUAAAACUGAUCUGUUUGAUGUGGGUUUACCCGUGGAUCCUACGGAGCUGCGGCUCGGCAUUGACACUCAAUUGGUUCCUUCGUGUAAAGUGGUCGCGUUUUCUUCUAACGCGUACAUUAUAGCGGCUGAUCUUACAGACUGUGGCACUCAACAUUGGAUUACAGAUGAGUCUCUUAUCUACACCAACCUCCUCAUCUUCUCUCCACAACCAUCACUGGAUGGAGUGAUUCGCUUUGAGGAGGCCAUAGUUCCCAUUGAAUGUUAUUACAGCAGGAAGUUUGAUGUAAACAGUAACCCCAUCAGACCAACAUGGAUUCCUUACAGUUCAACACAAUCUGCAGUGGAAGACUUGCAGUUUUCACUAAAGCUAAUGACAAGUGAUUGGAGCUCUGAACGGGCAUCUGCUGUGUAUUUUCUUGGUGACAUCAUAAACAUGGAAGCCUCAGUUCUUGAAAAACAUCACGCUAAUCUCCAUGUGUUUUUUGAGAGCUGUGUUGCCACAGUGACUCCUGAUAUUAACUCUGUUCCCAGAUACACAUUUAUUGAAAACCAUGGGUGUUUUGUGGAUGGACAGCUAACAGGCUCAAAAUCUAGUUUCCUGCCCAGAAUUCAGAAUAACAAGCUCCAACUCCAGCUGGAUACUUUUAACUUCUACAAAGAGAAGAGGCCACAGAUAUACAUCACUUGUACUCUUCAAGCUUAUCCUGUAAUGGAUGUAGUUAAUCUUAUUCAUAAAGCAUGUUCCUUCAUCGAUGGAAGCUGGAGUUCUGCUGAUGGAGGUGACUGGGCUUGUUACACCUGCAAAAAACAGGAGUUUGCUCCGUCCUUCCGUGCCACACAGACACAAUCUUCUUCUUCUCCCAAAAUGGACCAGACCUUAUCUAUCCAAAGGCUCAGCAAGAUCCAGCCCAGAAUGCAGGAGGGUUCAAGAGGUUCAGCUAAAUUUAUGCAGACACCAAUUGAGGCUGCUCCAUCCUGGAGGAGGUUAAAUAUCCCUCAGGACGAGAGUGGAUUAGUGGGAGGGGAACAGAAAUCUCUGGGUCCACUGGCCAUAUUUUCAAAGAAAACUAAAAUGGGUUUUUUGACUCCACCAAGAGUGAAGGAAGGUGUUCCUCCUUUGCCCUCUUUCAAGGAUCAAUUGCCAAUGCCUCAUGGCAGCCUAUGGAAAAAUGACUUUGAAGAAAACAUAACUCAUCUCACCUCCAUGGAACAAACUGUACAACCGGUUAUCACUAAAAGUGAAGCAGAUUCCCAGGACCUGGAGGAUGAUGGUGAGGAAGAGGGGGGUGAUAAAGAUGAUUAUGGUGAGGAUAGUAAUGCUGCAGAUAAAGAUGGCCAUGAAGAAGAAAAAGAUGCUGGAAAAGAUAAUAAAGACAUGUGGAAGACCAAAGUCUUGCCAGAAGAAGAUUUUGAAGAGAUUUUUACAACUCCUACCCCUGCAAAUGAGAAACCCUUUGAAGCACACAAACUGACCACAAACUCUUCACUGUUGGAUGAGGUGGUGUCUGCUGAUGCUUAUCACGCUCUUAAAGACUUAUAAACUUAUUAAAUCUCAAGACUAUAGAUGCUGCUAGAUGUGUAAACUGUGGUUCAAAACUACUGCAUAUAAAACAGCCAGAAAUCAAUACAUAAUAAAUUAUACAUGUUCAAAUUUGUAAUUAUUUCAUAAAUUUCUGUUUCACAUUCCUUAUUUGAAUGAACUGAAUAUUCACACACUUAAUGGAUAUAUUACUGCUCAUUGUUUAAGUGUAUAUGGCAGUGGCUGUUCUAGACAAAUUUCACUAGAGGGGCCAGUGUUUAACCAGAGGGGCACAUUAAAAAAGGGCAACAAAUGAUAUUUAAAGGUAUAGUUUACCCAAAAAUGAAAAUUCUGUCAUUUACUCCCCCUUAUGUUGUUACAAACUUGUAUACAUUUCUUCUGGGGCCCGUUCUUCGUACGUCGCUUAAUACAUCCGAGAUCAAAUGAGACAUCCGAGAAGUUUAGAUCUGGCUAAUUAUAAUCUCGCUUAUUUGGUUCUUUGAACACCACUGCUGUUGAUGAUUAUUAUGGCAGGAUUGAAUUAUCUGAGAUCACUGCGCGUUCGUGCACUGCAAGAAAAGUCAAUACAUAUCGAUAGUAGAAACACUGAUCAGCCAUGCUGUGAUUGGCCAGUUGUUACAAUGGCCAAGAACACGCCCAUUUUUAACCCCUGCAGUCUGAGAGGUAUUGAUGGAAGGUUGUGAACGUUUUAUGUGACUGAAUUUAAAAAACCCAGUUAAAGCUACUUUAGUACAUAAAUCACCAUAAAUAAUUCAAAAUUUUCUGUAAAAAUAUAAUCUUGAUAUCUUUACUAUGCUUGUCAAAGAUUGAAAUUAAUGAUUGUAAUUAAAAUUUGAUGCUCCUAAAGUACUUUAAGUCUCUUUUAAAAACAGUUAAAUGCUAUUUUGUCUGUUUGUAACAGCAACAUAAAAAGCAGAAUAAAACAGGUGGUGGUCCUCCAUCUUCAUGUAAUGUGCUGGCAGGAGUGAUGUCUCUAAACUGGCUGAUUGUGCAGAUCAUCUCUGGAGGCAGCUGCUCUUUCUUAAACCCACAGCCAA